CAGCAGAAGAGUCGAACAAAGGCGCUGUGGUCGUAACGCAACUCAGCAUUCAGCAGUUCAGCAGAAGGGGCAGUAGAACCGUCGGUAGCGCUCGCGUUCCGCUGUCUCCGCGUUGACAGCAGGUGCCCGUUUUGACAGUUGUUCCUGACCCUGAUUUUUUUUUGUUUUGUUUUAAAUAAUUUUCCUCCAGCGCAUUUCUUCGCCUGUCAUCGGGAUGGAGGCGUGCGUGGCCGUCGAAAGGGAAGUGGACAAAGUCCUGUCCAAAUUCAGCAGCAUCAACGACCACGCUAACAGGACACUUCUGGAGAUCACAACAGCUAUCGACGAGCUGAGAAAGGACCUCAGCGACUGCCCGCCUGGUCACGUACUCACACAGACACAGAUCGUUAUUAUAAAACAGGCGAUGAACAAGGCCAAAGAGACUGUCCAGAGGUUGGCCACUGACCAUAGAGACCUGCACAGCACUGUCUCCAAAGUAGGAAAAGCCAUUGACAGGAAUUUUGUUUCUGACUUCGCAUCGACAAGUCGUGAGGAAGUUUUUGCCGGGCCUGAGAAGGUGCUUCUCCUCAACAGAGUUAUCUGUCAACACUUUUACCGCCAGGGUAUGCUGGACAUCGCAGACCAACUGGCCAUGGAAGCUGGUAUCGACUCAGAGGAAGGGAAAGAGCCUUUUACAGAACUCAACUUCAUAUUGGAGAGGCUCAAGCACAAAGAUUUGGAUCCAGCUCUGGAAUGGGCGCAAAAGCAUCGAGCAAGCCUUCAGAAACAAAAUUCAUCGUUAGAAUUUAAGUUACACCAGCUCAGGUUUAUAGGGUUAAUAGAAAAAGGUACUGCAUGUCAAAAUGAAGCAGUUCAAUACGCUAGGACUUACUUAAGCAAAUUUGUUCACACACAUGAAAAAGAUAUACAAGUUCUUAUGGGAAUGCUUAUUUAUCUUGCCAAUGGAGUCUCAAGAUCACCUUACGCUCAUUUAUUACAGCCAAGCCUUUGGGCCGACAUUUACGACACUUUCACCAAAGAUGCCUGCUCAAUGCUGGGACUUAGCGUUGACAGCCCUCUGAGUGUUUGUAUAAAUGCGGGUUGCAUUGCACUCCCAGCACUUUUGAAUAUAAAACAAGUGAUGCUUCAACGACAAGUGAGCGGGAUUUGGAAUGGAAAGGAUGAGCUUCCUAUUGAAAUUGAUGUUGGCACUGAAAGGAGAUUUCACUCUGUAUUUGCUUGUCCCAUUCUCAAGCAACAGAGCACAGAAAGCAAUCCGCCAAUGCGACUUGUUUGCGGCCAUGUCAUAUCUCGAGACGCCUUGAAUAAAUUAGCUGCUGCAAAUAAAUUAAAAUGCCCUUACUGCCCACUAGAGCAGAAUCCUUCGGACGCGAGAAUUAUAUAUUUUUAAUGUUGUGAUUAAUAUUAACUUAUAAAAAUAGUUAAACAAAAAUGUGUUUUUAAUUUUUUUCCUCUCAUAAAAAGGGAAUGAUACACUUGUUACUGUACAAUGAGUUUUCUAAUAAUUAUUUAUAGUGUGAUUUAACAUAUUAAAAUAUGUGGCAAGAAAAAGAUAAAUUAAAAAUAGCUCUUGAAGAUAUUUUGUAAUCUUCCAAGGAGAUCAAUUGAUUUUUAUGGUUGAAGUUAUUAAAGUAAUAGUAAAUCACCUUUAUUUUAUUUCAGAAUUUCAUUUAUGUGAUAAUAUUAUUAGGGAUAUGAUGAUUUAAAAAUUUCUAAUUUUACCUUGCUACUAGAUAAUUUGAUCAAAGCAAUUGUACAUAAAUAAAAAUUAAGUUUAUAUUACAUAUUUUGAUUUUUAUGGGAAAUAUUAUUAUUUUCCUUUCUGAAAACAAUUAAUGUAAUUUGAAGAUUUGAUAAUGCAUUAAUUUUCAGUCAAACACUUUUGUCUGUGAAUAAAAGAUACAAUAAAAAGGACUUUUGGGUAUUAGGAAUAAACAAAAUAUGUUUUCAAUGUAAUGAGAUAAUUUGUCUAGUUAGGACCUUGAACAAGAAAGCGUGUAAUAAAUUCAUUUUAUUA